AAAAAGAAAAUAAUAAGAAUCUCAUAACCUAAUUUUUAUGUGCUGAUUGGGUUUUUUUCCUUUAAUUUAAAAAAAAAAAAAAGGAAAAAAACAAAAGUGUGCGAUCCUCUUUCUCGAGUCUUCACAUUUUGAGACACUGAACCCAAAUCAAAAUUAAUUUUCACCUCCAAUCCAAACCCUAACUGCUGCCCCCGUUUUCGUUUUCUUCUUCUCUUUCCGAAAACCCACCGGAAUCGGAAGAUUCAUAAUUCUUCAGAAUUAAUUUUCACCUCGAAGCCAAACCCCAACUGCCUCAUCUUCCUCUCAUUCAUAUCCCGAAAGUAGCUUCAACAGUCAGGCCUGUAGCCAUGAAAGCCGUAGUGAUCACUACUUCCGGUGAUCCCCAAGUUCUCCAAGUGCAAGAAGUCGAAAACCCUGAAAUUGGAGAUGAUGAAGUUCUAAUUAGAGUGGACGCCGCUGCCAUUUACCGAGCAGAUAAGCUUCAGAGGAAGGGCUUGCACCCUUUCAAAGGCGGCAGUCCCUACCCGGGUCUCGAAUGUUCUGAAAUCAUCGAAGCUGUUGGAAAAGCCGUCGUUCGAUGGAAGGUUGGCGAUCAGGUUCAUGGGGGUUCAAUUGGAAUUGGUACGUUUGCUAUUCAAAUAGCGAAAUACCGAGGAGCAAGGGUAUUUGUUACAGCAGAUGUGUGCAUCAAUUACAAGACUGAAGACUUUGUUGCUUGGGUGGAGGAAACAGGAGGGAAAGGUGUUGAUGUUAUACUGGAUAAUAUUGGACGGGCCUACUUUGAGGGAGACAUCGAUAGUUUAAAUGUUGAUGGAACGCUUUUUAUUAUUGGUUUUCAGGGUGGAACAGUUGCAGAAGUAAAUCUUUCAGGUUUACUUGCAAGGUGCCUUACAGUGCAAGAAGUCUGGAAAACAAAGCUGUAAUUGUGAGUGAGGCGGAGAAGAAUGUUUGGCCUGCAAUCACAGGCGUACAAGUAUUUUCCAUUGACGGAAGCAGCAGAGGCUCACCAGCUCAUGGAAAGCAGCAAGCAUGUUGGGAAGAUACCGUGCAUUCAAUUAUGUUAUGGUUAUGAAUGAUCUUAUGCCUCAGAGGGAUGACAUGAUUUUAAAACUCUUAAUGAGCAUCUACUAUCUGAUACAAUGUGUGAUGCCCAGGCCUAGAUGGUCAAUGCUUAAUUUCUUAUGUAGGCCUGUCAUUUGAGAAUAAAAACCAGCCUUCCAGUCCAAACAUUUAGACUACUGGAAUCUAAAGCUUCAAGAUGGUUGAAACUGAAUUUUCAUGUGCAAA